CCAUAUCUCGUGUGGCCGCGCCUUUACUAGGGUCACUUGGCCUGCCACAGCUGGGAUAUUGGCCACGCAGAUAUCCCACGAGCGUUGGGUUAUCUCUCUCUCUCUUUCUCUCUUGUUUUUUUUUUCUUUCUUUCUCUCAUGCGCUCUCUCUCCCGAAGCCGAGAAGUGCGUCCACGAUUUGUGCGAAGGAGGCCGUGAGUUGGCGAAUUCAGGAGGACAGCCGAUGCGAUCUUGUGUGUCUGUGUUGCUCAUUUCAGUGUUGGGUUUGGCGCUCGUGUUAAAGUGACUCGGUUGAAUCGCGGGCGUUCGUUGCCGGAUUAAGUCUCGUGGUCUGGUUCUGUUGCGUUUUGAUUCGUUUUGCUUGAUUCCUUGUACGUAAAGCAGCAGCGACGGCCGAUUAGUGGUGGUUUUCAGUGGGGACGCGAAGGCGAAAUUGCGCAUCAGAUUUCCCUUGACCUCGAGUCCAGGUGCAGAUUCAGUGUCAAUCGCCUUUAGUCUUCACACUCCUUCGAGGCUCACCUUGAAGACAUCACUCUCGAGGAAGAGAAAGCAGCCCCACCUUCUUGAAGAAAGAGAGACUUCGAGCUCCUUCCUCCUCUCGGAAACGCCCCCAGGACGCCAGGAUGAAGCCUCGCCGAAACCGCGUCCUUUGCCUGUUGCUCUUGAUGGCGUCGGGGAUCCUGCAGGACGCCACCGGGGAGCCGAUCGUGGCCAAGUGUCCCCCGAGUGACGCCGAGGACACCUCCAACGAGUUCUGCAAGUGCGACCAGAACCCCUCGAGGAGCAACCGCAUCAUCACCAUCAAGUGCAAGUUCAACUUCAAGGAGGACGUCCUCCUGACGGACGAGCUCUACCCCUUCCGCAACCAGACCCUCAUGACCGCCUACGUGCGAGUCGAGAACGCGUCGAGUGUCCACGUGACGGAGAGCUUCCUGAGGGAGUGGCAGCAGGCGCCCUCCAUCGCCCUGGACGUGUGGCGCGGCGGCAACCUCACCCUCGACCCCACGCCCGAGCACGACAACAUCAAGAGGUUCGCCUCCUACAAGACCUUCGUCGGCGUGGGCAUCGUGAAGUGCUACGUGCCCGAAAUACCCACGAUGUUCCUGCGCGACCGAGCCCGAGGAGGUUUCCGGCUGAAGGGCAGUCGCGUCGGAGUCCUCAGGGAGGGCUUCCUGCACAAUAUUGAAGAGAUGAGGUACCUUGUUUUCGAAGACACAGUCGUGGACAAAGUAGUGGGUUCUGUUGCGACUGAGGGCUACGUGACCCUCAGUAAGCGAGAACUGCACAGCUGGAUUGGUCUUCGCCUCUCCAACGUCUCCAUAAACAGCAUUGCUAAAAAUGCCUUCAACCUCACACAUAAGUCCGACAUGGAGACAACUACGAUCGUCAACAGCUGGCUAGGGACCAUGGGAACGGGAGCUCUCACGGUGGCUGGAGAUGUUGCAGUCACCAUCACUGGCAACACCUUCCAGCAUCUCCAAAAAGAGGCUUUUAAGAUAGCCGUGACGGGGGAUGUCAAAUUUGAUGAAAAUGUAAUCGAGUCAUUUGAUCCUGAUGCUCUGGAGGGCUUGGUGUGCCACAAUCACACUUCCCUUGAGAGAAACACAGUCCAUGUGGGGAAGUUUGAUGGACUGGCUGUUAAUGCAUCAGCUGCUCCCUUCCAUGAAUCUUGUGGAAGCCCACAGCUGUUCAUGGUGGUGACGCCUCCCGCAUCCAGGGUAACAUCAGCUACAGCAGUGGCCACUUGGCUCAUUGGAGUGAUUCUCCUGGUGCUAGUAAUUGCCCUUGUAGCAGGUGUAAUAUACACCUGGAAGACUCAAGGGCUAGUAUUACGCUACUACACAGGAAGGGGAGCUCCUAUGUACCUUAAUGGGCGGAAGUCGUCCCAGGAGAACCUCCCAAAUAGUGCAGAGAUAAGUGCCAAUGCUGAAGCUGCAGAGACUGGCGUGUCAAACCCAAUGUACAAUACGACAGCACCGAGCUAAGGGUUUAGGUGUUUUGAAGGGUGAAUGUACGAAAGGGAGAAAUGGUUCUUUCUCCCUUGAAGUAGUAUGACACACAUGAAGUUUCUAGUUAUGUAAGAUAUAUAUAUAAAAGUAUAAAAAUGA